GACAUUGCAAAAUUUUGUUCUAUCAUAUUAUAAGUGAUGGUAGUGUGAACUGAAGGGUAUUUGAUUAUAAAGUGAAAAUAUUCCAUAUAUCUUAGCUCGGGGCAAAACUUUAUUUCUCUAGUGUACACUUCAACAGUUAUUGUUUUUCCUAGUAUCUGUGAAACAGGACAUGUUUUAAGGGUUAAACUUGACUUAUUGAUGUACAACAGGACAAUAUUAUACAGUUUCAAGAAAUUUUCUACCUUAUUUGGAGAGUUUUUAAGUGGUUUAUGCGAGUCACAAGUUAAUUGUUCAGGAAAUCUGGACAAUAAGUGAUAGCUAAAUAAUUGUUUAGUUAGUACAAAUCGAAAGUGCAUUAUGCAUUAGUGGAGAGCUGACAGGAACUGAUUAUCUGAUAAUAUUUUCGAUGUAUUGAUCAGAGAGUUUUAUAAAACGAGGACACACUUCCCAGUGUGGUUGAUCAACUGAGCUGAUAUCAUUUACAGAGUGUACAUACCUCGUGUCACAUCAUACUUGUUUCCGUAUUGUCUUUAUGUCACUGUUUUUCUGCGGAUAGAUAAUCGGGAGUUAACUAUUUAAUCAUAAUUUAAUAUCCUUCUGACAGUUGAGUGAUAACCAGUCUAACUUGGAGUGAUCCAUCGUUAACACUGAAUCGGAAUCAGUCAUCGCAUCAGUGCUAUUUUUAGUAACUCUAGGAGAGGAAGUGUGAAUACCAAUACUUAUUGCUCACAAUAUAAUAUGCUCAGUGAUCGCCGUGCAGGUGUAUAAUGUACGUAGCUUACAGUUACCCUCUCGGACAGCCAGCUAUCCCAGCAUUAGGAGCGCACACACCGAUCGCCACAGAAAUACCGCCACAUCAGUUUUUGACUGCUGUCACAUCGCCGUCCAUUGCUGACCCUUACCUGGUACCAGUCACAGCUGCUCCACAACCGCUGCAAGCAACCACCGCCGCUUAUCAACCACUUACACUAGCAGUCUGCCGAAAGCGAGGCUCAGACGAACUCAUGUCUCACAGUCCAAUGGUUACCACAAAUGGCACAGGGCUCAGCCCCUCACAGAAUGAAGUCAAUGAUGCUAAAAAGGUGAAGCUGGAAAACACAACAAACACAACACCGUCCAAAGUUAUACAUUUGCGGAGCUUACCGAACGAUGUCACAGACUCCGAAGUGGUACAGCUUGGUAUACCCUUCGGGAAAAUGUCAAACGUUUUGUUACUGAAACAGAAAAAUCAGGCUUUCUUAGAGUUUGAAGACGAGUCUGUGGCAACAACGUUUGUCAACUACUACACAAAAAUGCCGUGUCAGAUACGAGGCAAACAAGUAUAUGUACAGUUCUCACAACACAAAGAACUCAAAACAGAUCAAGCACAUUCAUUUCAGAAUCAGGCUUCCCAGGCAGCUCUACAGGCGGCACAGCAGGCGGUGAUGGGCAACGGGGACAGCGAGGGCGUGAAGAAAACAGUCCUGCGUGUCAUAGUUGAGAAUCUAGUCUAUCCUGUUACCAUAGAAGUUCUUCAUCAGAUCUUUAGCAAGUUUGGUAAAGUGUUAAAAAUGAUCAUCUUCACAAAAAACAACACAUUCCAGGCACUGAUCCAGUUUGAUAAUUCUGUCUCGGCCAAUGCAGCUAAACUGUCGUUAGAUGGCCAGAACAUAUAUAAUGGCUGCUGUACCCUGCGUAUAGACUACAGUAAACUGGGACAGUUAAAUGUCCGGUAUAAUAAUGACAAAAGUAGAGACUUCACCAAUCACAAUUUACCUAGCGGAGACCCAGGUCUUGAGCAGGCUAUGGCUUACGGCCCAGGAGCUCGACAAGAUAAAGCUCUUGAUUAUGAUGUUGGUAAAAAAGGUGACGCAUCAACAUGUAAUUACAAUAGAAAAGAUGGCGAUAGAGGUUAUGAUAAGGAUUCUGCCUCUGGCAUGCCAGGUCUUGCAGCAGACGCAAUGAUGAUGUCCCCUACAGGCCAGAUAGUGCCAGUCAUGGACACGCUACUCACACCAAGUCCAGGACCCCAGGGUAUGGGCAACAUGGGUGGUAUGGGAAACAUGGGUAUGUCAGGUGGCAUGAUGGGUAUGCAGGGACUGGGGUUCGGGCUCCAGAACACAAUGGCAGGGCGACUUGGGAUCCCCGGCAUGCAGCAACAACAGAUGGGUAGCAGUGUGAUCCUCGUCUCAAAUCUUGAUGAACAGGUCACGCCCGAGGCUCUUUUUACCCUCUUUGGUGUUUACGGGGAUGUACACCGGGUGAAGAUUUUGUUCAACAAGAAAGACAAUGCCUUAAUACAGAUGGCUGAUCCCCACCAAGCUCAAUUAGCGAUUGCACAUCUAGAUAAACAGAAAGUAUGGGGAAAACAGAUCCGAGUCACUCAGUCCAAACAUUCUUUAGUGCAAAUGCCGAAGGAUGGGCAACCAGACGCCGGAUUGACCAAAGAUUUUACACAGUCACCAUUACAUAGGUUUAAGAGACCAGGGUCCAAAAACUGUCAGAAUAUAUUCCCUCCAUCAGCAGUACUUCACCUCUCAAACAUUCCGCCAUCAGUAACAGAAGAAGAACUUACAGAAAGUUUCUCUCAACACGGUGAAGUUAAAGCAUUCAAAUUUUUCCAAAAAGACAGACGCAUGGCUUUAAUAGAAAUGAUGUCCGUAGAAGAAGCUAUAGUAGCACUUAUUGCUAUGCACAACUACCCACUGAGCGACUCCAAUCAUUUGAGAGUUUCAUUCUCCAAGUCCACCAUUUAGCUGAACAUACAUACAUCAUUGUUAGCAAAGACCAAGUCAUGAGUCAUUGGUAUACCACGGAUAGUGCCGCCCGUAGAUGACCUGCAAAUACAUCUUUAACAUGAAAUAACUUGUUGAAUUCUCACUUGUUAAUUCUUGAAGUCUGAAAGACUGUGAAAUAGCUGCAAUGAUUUCAUUAUACAAACAUUUUAAAUAUGAGUAAAACACAAAUAACAUACAAUGAAAUGGGACCUUUAGGUUAUUAGCAUACGUAUUAAUCAAUGCAUGUAUAAAGUGGACUGUUAUUGUUUAAAAUGAAGACUCCUUUCAGAAUGAAUUUUUAAUGUGUGGAAUAAAUUAUUGGUAAUUUUUAAUUCAGUUUAAGAUACAUAGAAAAUAGUAUUGCUUCCCCUUUGACGUGAAAAAUAUUUGAAUAUAUGUCAAUCAGACAUAAACAUAGUCUUGUAAAAUGUAUCAUGACGUGGACAGACUGUACUUGGCAUCCGGAACAUAGCUCAAAUGUUAUGACAGUUUUUGUCCAGUGGAUGUAAAGCUCAUAUAUUCGGUGACUUUGUGAUAAAGGUGUAUAAGCAUGUAGGGAAACUACCUGUGUACCAUUAUAGAAGUUUAUUUGGCUAAUAAGUGCCUUCCAAGUUCAAAGUUACAUAUAUGUUGUCAUUUUGUUUUUGACAAGUUUCAGAGUUCUAUCCACGUUGUUGUUAAAGUAUCAUGAUUAAGUUUUGUGUUAUUUUUUGUCCAUAUAAAACAAGGGAUUAGGAGCUACGGGUUGAAUGCAAUUCAAAAUGAAAAUCAAAUGCAAUAUUAUAUAUAGACUUGUAGAUGUAAUUUGUACCAGCUUGUCUCUAAAACUUUUAGCAACAGUCUGUAGUUGCCUAACUGAAGUUCGUCCUAAUUGCCUAACUUAAGUCUAAACUUCGCAACAACAUGUAGUCAUCUAUUGUACAGACUUUGGUACACUCAAUAGCUGUUGAUAUUUUCAAUGUGUUUAGUUUAACCUGGGUUACAGAACUUUAGUAGAAGUCUUCGUACUAUCAACUAAGAGUCGAAGCCAGUAGUACACUAAGGAAGCACCAUUUUUGUAACCAGAAUUGAGUAAAAGAAAUGCAAGUCAUUUUUUGCAGUCAUUUCUCAUGGCAUAUGUCCCAUAAUUUAUUGCUUUUUUAAGAACAGAAAUCCAGAACAAGUAUUGAUGAACAUUGCGGGUGGAAACAUGUUUUUAAUGUGAAAUCAUCUCAUAGAUCAAAUGAGCCGCACCAUGAGAAAACCAACAUAGUGCAUUUGCAUCCGCGCAGUCUGGUCAAGAUCCAAGCUGUUUGCUUUCAAAUCCUAUUACAAUUAGAGAAACCGUUAGCGAACAGCAUGGAUCCUGACCAGACUGCACGGAUGCCCAGGCUGGUCUUGAUCCAUGCUGGUCGCAAAUGCACUAUGUUGGUUUUCUCAUGGCGCGGCUCAAAUACUUACUGUAUCAUGCUUCAGUAGAACAACCCAGAAUAGACUAUAAAAAAAAGUUUUUUUACGGAUUCAUUUAAAAAAAAAAAAUCAGAAGAAUGCAUGUAAAUUUCAUCGCUGUUACGAAAUCUCAGAGUGCAGAAAUAAAAGUGCCAUUUAUUUAUGUAAGUUUUAUGUAAGCUAACCUAAUCAUUGAAUUAUUCCUAUAUAUAUAUAUCAUUCUAACUAAUUUUGUAACAUACAAGUUUGAAAAAGACUAUAAAUUCAGAUCUAUAUUUUUCUUAUAUAUGUGUUGUCUAGAUACUAUAGCCUAUGUACUGUUUCAUGUGUGUUACUGUCGUUUAAAAAUUUUAAAUUUUAUUGUGAUAAUUUCAUUAGAUUGUAAGUUUUCCACUGAGGCAAACAUACACAUAUGCAGCUGAUUUUGGAAGUUUGCAGGAAGGAUUAUGGGAGAAAUGAGAUUUUAGAUACUAGCAAAAAAAAAAAAAAAAAUGAAAUAAGGAAAAAAGUGACUUACUCUUAAAGCUCCAUAAGAUUUUUAAUUUUAUGUUAAAAACAGAUAGAGCUGCUAUCUUAAUGGAUGUUAUGCGUACUUACAUGGUUAGAAAGUUACUACUUUCAAUAUUGCUCACGAACUUACAAAGUUAGGGCCAUAAAGGGAGGUAAUCUUAAACAAUGAAUUCAAUAAUAUUUUGUACUGUGUUAUUCAAUAUUGAAAGCAUUUGAAAAUAAACAAGACAACAAAUUAUCAAAAUUAGGAUUGAGUAGGAAUAGACUUACAAAAAUAAUAUUGCAACUACAUAAUAAACAAAUGCAUUAUGGGCCUUUAAGCUUAGGAGUGAAACUUGUUGAAAAUCAUGUUGGUAAUUUCUAUAUAUUGGAAUAGAAAAAGAAUUUAAAAAUCUGUAGGACAGAAGAAAGGGGAGAAACCCCCUGUUUCACUUCUCCAAUCUUAAAAACAGUAAUUAAUCAGGAUUUGUUAGAAAGCUUUAGAGGAACAAAUUAAAUUAUUGAAAGUACUUGCCAGUCUGUCUUGCAGUGGAUGCAUGCUGUUAUAAUUAACAUAUUGAAAAGACUGUUCUUAAUCUGCCAGUUUCCAA